AAUAAUUUCUUCUUUUCAAAUAUAAAAAGGACAUUCGCUACCCGUGGUGGAUGCCAUUAGUACUCGGUGGCUGACCGUGGAGAUCGAUCAAGAAUGGCAGAAUCCAGCGCUGCUCUGUCCAUGAAGAAGCUGCAAGGCAAAGUCGCCAUCGUCACUGGCGGCGCAAGCGGCAUCGGAGAGACUACCGCUCAUCUCUUCGCCGAGCACGGCGCACGCGCGGUGGUGAUCGCCGACAUCCAGGACAACAAAGGCCAAAGCGUGGCCGCCGCCAUCGGAUCGGAGAUCGCCGCCUACUGCCACUGCGACGUCACCGACGAGGAGCAGGUGAAAUCAUUGGUGGACUGGACUGUCGCCACCUACGGCCAGCUGGACAUCAUGUUCAGCAACGCCGGGAUCGCGAGCAGGUUGGAACAAUCGAUCUUGGAUCUCGACUUCUCAGAAUUCGAUCGGCUGUUCGCAGUAAACGCCCGGGGAGUGGUGGCGUGCGCGAAGGAGGCUGCGCGUGCAAUGGUGGAGCUGCGCGUGAAGGGGAGCAUUGUGUGCAUCGCGAGCGUGAACUCUAGGAAGGGGGUGCUGGCGACGGACUACGUGAUGUCGAAGCACGCGUUGCUGGGGCUGGUACGGUCGGCGGGGAGGCAGCUAGGGCAGCAUGGGAUAAGAGUGAACGCUGUGUCGCCGUUCGUAGUGGCGACUCCGUUGAUGUGCGAAUUGCAUGGGAAGAGGAUGAGCGAGGAGGAGGUAGAGAAGACUUACGAGCCGUUGAUUCCGCUGAAAGGAGCGGCCCUGAAAGCGAAGAAUGUGGCGGAUGCGGUGCUGUUCCUGGCUUCCGACGACUCUGCGCUCAUCACUGGCCAGGACAUGGUCAUCGACGGUGGCCUGUUAGCUUGAACGAAAUAUAAGAUGGAAAUGUUCUUGAGUCUAUAUUUUCGUGCUUUUAAAAUCUGUUAACCUUUCUUUUAAUUGUUCUCUUGUUGUUGUCAAAAAUCUUUCUGGAUUUUCUAAAUAAAUUGGCUAAAUUCAAGAACUUGGUCAUAGUGAAAAAUUCAGUCAAAUCCAGCUCAAUUAAUAAAUUAAAAUCGGCUGGAGAGUUUCAAUUCAAUUCAUCU